UUUUUCUGUUUUGGCACCAUGCAAACUUUAUGAUGCAUUGUAAUUCCUCUCAGAUCUUUGGGUAGUGUUAAAGAUGGACGAGGACUCAUCAGAGAGGAGAUGGGAGGAUAUGGAACUUGAUAUCCUGGUGAGGAUAUUCAAGACAUUUAACAUCAUUGAACUGACUUCAGGCAUUUCCCGAGUUUGUAGCACAUGGCGCUUGGCUUGUUCUGAGCCAAUGCUUUGGAAGACUCUUGAUUUGGGGUUAUUGAAGUCCAAUUACAUUAAAAUCCCUGCAGCACCAUAUGUUUGGGUGUCUGAUAGCUCUGAUAAGAGAUUGAUGCGGUUAUUGAAGGUUGCACUUGGUCUCAGCCGUGGAACCAUUACUUGUUUGAUUUUCCAUUAUGAUUUGUAUCUGAAAGAUGAGCACUUGAUCUAUACGGCUGAAAGGUGCCCACGGCUCAAACAGCUGGUUCUCCCAGCUUGGAAUCAAAUUACGAAGGGUGGAAUCUGUAAGGCUAUCCGCAUAUGGCAAGAUCUUGAAUCAAUGACAAUGCCCAGCAUUGUCCAUCCCCCUUACAUCAUGGAGGAAAUUGGUAAGAGCUGCAAGAAUUUCACUGAGCUCAAGCUGAUGGGCCCUUGUGAUGUCCUAUUUGCAUCAACCUUAGCCACUUGGCUUCCCAAGCUGAAAGUUUUGAGCUUGCGGUGCACUGUGUUGACCAAGGAAGCUUUGAUCUUGAUCUUGGACUCCAUGAUGCAUUUGGAGGUGCUCAACAUUUCUCACUGCGUGUUGAGAGAAGUCCCUGAGCCCCCUGCACCCAAAAGAGUUCUUUUAGAGCUUGAUGAGACAAUCAUUGGGAAGGCAUCCCGGUUACGAGAAUUCUACACUUGCCUAGAAGAUUCAUGCCUCAUGUCUCAACGUACGAAAGCUGAUGAAGGCCUCAUUAGGUGGUACAAGUACGAGGAGUGGUUGUGGCGCAUGGACGAGGUCAGCUCCCUUUCAGUUGCAAUGGAGCAGCAUGUUGAGGUUGGUGGUGGUGGUAGUAUUGUACCAAGUUAAAUGAGAGAUCUACAGUAACAUGUAAUAUGAUCUAUG